CCGAGCGUCCGCGCCCUCGGGCGGCGGCGUCUCCCCGGCCCCAGUGGCCGCCCCCGCCGCCCGCGCUCGGGCGCAGGUUUGGACUGCCUAAAAAAGUCAUUUCACGGUGACCAGCCCCACUUGCCGACGUGACCUAAAGCCGCUCCUUUGCCCCCACCCGCAGUGACUUUUGCCGGGAGCGGGGGGCUGGGCACAGAUGUCUUUCCAUGCCGCCCUCGGCAGGACCCGAGGAACCGUGGCAGCCAUGCCUCCGCCUGCCCCAGCCGCCCCUCACCCCCUACGCUGACCUGCAUGGUAUGCAUGCCCUUGGGACUCCCGAGGACUGACCAGCUGACCUCUCUUCGGAUCCCCAACAGCUCCCCCAAAAUGUCGCUCGAGUGGCUGGUGGCCUGGAGCUGGUCGCUGGACGGCCUGAGGGACUGCAUCGCCACCGGCAUGCAGUCCGUGCGGGACUGCGACACCACGGCCGCGGUCACCGUGGCCUGCCUGCUGGUCCUGUUCGUGUGGUACUGUUACCACGUGGGCAGGGAGCAGCCCCGGCCCUACGUCUCGGUCAACGCCCUGAUGCAGGGCCCCGACGCCACGGGGCUGCAGAACGGGCUCGCGUACGGCCAGCCCCCCGAGUGCGUGCGCUGCAGCCACAGGGAGGGCCUCAACCAGAAGCUCUACCACAACCUGCAGGAGUACGCCAAGCGCUACUCCUGGUCCGGCAUGGGCCGCAUCCACAAGGGCAUCCGCGAGCAGGGCCGCUACCUCAGCAGCCGGCCCUCCAUCCAGAAGCCCGAGGUCUUCUUCCUGCCCGACCUCCCCACCUCGCCCUACUUCGCCCGGGACGCACAGAAGCAUGACGUGGAGCUGCUGGAGCGCAACUUCCAGACCAUCCUGUGCGAAUUUGAGGCCCUGUACAAAGCGUUUUCCAACUGCAGCCUCCCACAGGGCUGGAAAAUGAACAGCACCCCCAGUGGGGAGUGGGUCACCUUUUACUUGGUCAAUCAGGGGGUCUGCGUCCCCCGGAACUGCAGGAAGUGCCCACGGACGUACCGCUUGCUUGGAAGCCUUCGGACCUGUAUUGGGAACAAUGUUUUUGGGAACGCGUGCAUCUCCGUGCUGAGCCCCGGCACCGUGAUAACGGAGCACUACGGACCCACGAACAUCCGCCUCCGCUGCCAUUUAGGUCUGAAAACUCCGAGUGGCUGUGAGCUGGUGGUGGGCGGGGAGCCCCAGUGCUGGGCAGAAGGCCGCUGCCUCCUCUUCGAUGAUUCUUUCCUGCAUGCCGCGUUCCAUGAAGGUUCGGCGGAGGACGGCCCACGGGUGGUUUUCAUGGUGGAUCUGUGGCAUCCCAACGUCGCAGCGGCCGAACGGCAGGCCCUGGAUUUCAUCUUUGCCCCGGGACGAUGAGAACAUUGGUCGUGCUGCAGUCGCCGAGAGUGGCCGCGGUCCGCCCGGGCAGACAGGGGUGCGGCCCGGCCCCUGCCCCUGUUCCAAUUCCAUGCCUCGACAGAAUGCUCUCAUUUGGGAUUUGGUUUUUAGGUCGUGUUGGGUCCCUCUUUCCUUCGGUUAUUGAAAGUGGGAAAUUUUCAGCUUGUAUUUCCUUAGAUUUUUUUUCCCUUCCAAUCAUUUGCUUCUGCGAUUCCUUUCUGCCUAAAAGCGCAUUACUUUGCUCUGUGACCAGAGGCUCGGGGUCCCUGUCGUCUGUGUCACGCUGCUACUUGGUUUCGUCAGUGCUCUGAAAUAGGGUGGCCAAAUGGUUACUUGUCUGGAUGUAAUAACGUAAAUCUUCCUGUCACCUUAAAAGAAAAAAACAAAAACAAAACAAAACACUGCAGAUCAGAGAGCUGGAGGACGUGGCCUCUGCUGCUGUCGCGAUCACCCUGGGCCUCAGACGCCCGGGUCGGGGGAGCCCGCGGUCCGCAUCCCCAGCUGUCCCCUGCUGGCUUCCUCGGCAGGGUGGCCCAGUCAGGGCAGGGCAGACUCACCAUUGCUCACCUCACCCUGAACCCAGUCGGGUCCCUGAUGGCAAGAGCAUCAGGCUGGUGGCAAUGGAGGCUUUUCUGUAGACGUUGCUUUCCGACAGAGCUGAGGCUGGUGUCUUCGAGAGCCAAGCUGGGGCUCCCUCGGUUCAGCAGCUGAACAUGUGAUUCGAUUACCUCACUGCCUACAGAAGCCCUACUGCCAAGCCGGGCCUGGAGAAUUCCCCGUUUGAGCUGUUUGGAGUCCAAGGUGAUGAGCAUUCAGACCCCAGGCUGGCUGAUGGGCGCCGAGGUGAGAUGAGACCUCACUCAUCCAGUGACGUUCUGGAAAAGCCUUUCUCUGGCAAAACUGGAAUCGUAGAUCCGCCCGAAGUGUCUGUUUUGCUUUGGAGUUCUGUUUCCUAUGAUUUCCCAUUUGUCUGUACAUAAGCGUUCAAACGCUGGGCUCGGAGAUCAUGGCAGAGUCGGCCCUGUGUCUCUGUCAGUGCACAAGGGUGUGGUGAGGGCCACCUAAGCCAGUGUGUGCACGUGAGGACACUGGGGGGACCUACAUACCCAAAGGACCCAUGGUCGCGGCGCUGGGUCUGCUGUGAAGGACGUGGCCAGUUUGAGGCACUAAGUCUAGAAGCAGCCCCCCGUUAGCCGAUGUGUGAAGGAGUCUCCUCCAGUCACACUAGAGAUGCCUUUUUUGAAUAAUGUAUUACGGCAGAGUCAGGUUUGUAAAGCCUUGGAGUGGUACGGAACAUACUGCUUGUCCCGUCUGGGUCCAGUGUUUCUAUCCGAACGGAAACCAGCAGCUUCUGGGAGGAGCAACCGUCAGAAGUAAACGCGGUCUGAAACGCACUAGGUAGUUACUAGCAAGUGUGCAAAGAAACCGUGUCUACAUUUGAGUACAAUUUCUACACAGAUGUUUUUCAGCGAUUAGAAUGCAGGAAAGGGCAGAAAUGUCAAACACACCUGAAGUCUUUUUACUUGUUAAGUUUCUUGUUAAAGAAUCCCUGAGGUGCAUGAUUUCUAUACGUACUGACUGCUCUACGUUUACAAAGCCAGCAGCCCACACAGGCCCCUGGCUACCUGUGCUCACGUGACGCGGUUGGGGAGCAGAGGGUAAAUAAAAGAUCUUGCUGAAAA